GGUCAACCCUGUUAACCCCAAGCCUUUCAUGCAGGAGCUUACCGGGAAGCCGGUAUUUGUAAGACUAAAAUGGGGGCUCGAGUACAAAGGAUUCCUUGUCAGUACGGAUGGGUACAUGAACCUUCAGCUGGCUAACACAGAGGAAUUCCAAGAUGGGAAAUCAAAUGGUGCUCUGGGCGAAGUCUUCAUCAGGUGUAACAACGUGCUGUACAUCAUGGAAGCUCCUCCAGAAUGAUCAUGCAGUGUACGCUCAAAACGACGGUUCGAGGCCAUUACUCUUGUUGUAUCAUAGGACAUUCGAGAGUUUAUUCGAU